AUGUCUCAAGCUGUUCCCCCCUCAUGGAAGGAUCUCGGAAAAUCCUCUUCCGACCUUUUACUCAAAGAUUACCCUAUCCAAGGUACUUCUCUCGAGGUCAAGACUCUUACUCCCUCAAACGUAGCUUUCAAAGUUGCCGGUAUCAAAGAUGAUAAAUCCGGUGCUAUUGCCGGUGACAUCGAGGGUAAAUACACCGAUUUCAAGAACGGUUUGACCUUCACCCAAGCCUGGACCACUUCCAACCUCCUUCGAACUCAACUUGAGCUCGAGAACCAAAUUGCCAAAGGUCUCAAACUCGACCUUGCUACCACCCUUAACCCCGCCAAGUCUUCCAAGUCUGCUAUCUUGACCGCUAUCUACAAGCAACCUUCUCUCCACACCAGAGCCACCGUUGAUCUUUUCAAGGGUCCCACCUUCACUGCUGACACCGUUGUUGGCCGAGACGGUUUCCUUGUUGGUGCCGAGGCUUCUUACGACGUCCUCUCCGGUGCUAUCACCCGAUACGCUGGUGCCGUAGGAUUCUCUGCCCCCGAGUACGCCAUCACCCUCCACGGUCUUGGUAACCUCUCCACCUUCGCCGCCUCUUACUACCACAAAGUCUCCAAGGACGUUGAGGCCGGUGCCAAGGCUGUCUACGACACCAAAUCCACCACCGGUGGUGUCUCCCUCGAAGUCGGUGCUAAGACCUACCUUGACAACGCCGCUUUCGUCAAGGCUAAGAUCAACAACGCUGGUGUUCUUGCUCUCGGUUACACUCAAGCUCUCCGACCUGGUGUCAAGGCCUCUUUCGGUCUUGCCGUCGACACCACUCGACUCAACGAGCCCGCCGCCGGUCAAGCCGCCCACAAAGUCGGCGCUUCAUUCACCUUCAACGCCUAA